CCUCCCUCCUCAUUCUACUUGCGCACCCCCCAAAUCUCAAACCUCCAAAAUUUCCCAUCUUCUCACUCAACCUCUCCCUCUCUUUUUCUCUCUCACGACCGCUUCCUCUUUUUCACGAAUAAUACCCCCCGAAUCUUUUCACCAUGACCACCGAGCGUGAAAGCAAGACCUUCCUGGCCCGCCUCUGCGAGCAGGCCGAGCGCUACGAUGAGAUGGUCACCUACAUGAAGGAGGUGGCCAAGCUGGGCGGCGAGCUCACCGUCGACGAGCGCAACCUCCUCAGCGUUGCCUACAAGAACGUUGUCGGCACCCGCCGUGCCUCGUGGCGCAUCAUCUCCUCGAUCGAGCAGAAGGAGGAGUCCAAGGGCUCCGACAAGCACGUCUCCACCAUCAAGGAGUACCGCAACAAGAUCGAGACCGAGCUCGAGAAGGUCUGCCAGGAUGUCCUCGACGUUUUGGAUCAGUUCCUCAUCCCCAACGCCGCCACUGGCGAGUCCAAGGUCUUCUACCACAAGAUGAAGGGUGACUACCACCGCUACCUCGCUGAGUUCGCCUCUGGUGAGAAGCGCAAGGGUGCUGCUACUGCUGCCCAUGAGGCUUACAAGAGCGCUACCGACGUCGCUCAGACUGAGCUCACUCCCACUCACCCCAUCCGCCUGGGUCUUGCUCUCAACUUCUCCGUCUUCUACUACGAGAUCCUGAACUCGCCCGACCGUGCUUGCCACCUCGCGAAGCAGGCCUUCGACGAUGCCAUUGCCGAGCUCGACUCUCUGUCUGAGGAGUCUUACCGCGACAGCACCCUGAUCAUGCAGCUCCUCCGCGACAACCUCACCCUCUGGACCUCGUCCGACAGCGCCGAGGGCGAGGCCGCUGGUGCCGACGCCCCCAAGAAGGAGGAGGGUGAGGCUGCCAAGCCCGCCGAGCAGGCUGAGGAGCCCAAGGCCGAGGAGCCUGCGCCCGCUGCCGCCUCUUAAGUCUGUUUCCAAAUCCCUCGAUACCACGUGCGUCUCGGCAUAUAGGAACCGAGAUGUAUUCUCGCCCCGGCUACUCUUGUCUGCCCCCGGACACACGGAUAGCUGGGCCUGUCUUGGGCGGGCUGGAUGAUAGUACGAGGCUUCUUUUUUGCGCAGUGCGUUGCUUUUUUUCAUGGCGAGGGAGAGGGAGGAUCAUAGGGUCUGGUUCAGGCAAAGGGAAAGUAAAGUGCACGGCGUGGAAUCUUCAUCUCGUUCGUCCGUCGGACUCGGAAAUCGACCGCCAAACACCAUGACGGUUAUUUUUUUACCUGGCAGAUAAAUCGCAAAGCUCUCCCCCUUUCAUUCAUCCGUCCGUCGCUUCUUUUCCACACCUUUUACCUAACUACAUUUGUGUCCCUCACACCCGAUAUCUAUCUCGAUGGAUCGUCAUGGAGAAGGGCUUUCUCAUGUUACCCGUUUCCUUGUCUCUUGACGUCGUUGUUGUUUCCCCCCGAGUAUCAUUUUUGCCCCUUCAUGUCUAUUGGCUCGUUUCUAAACGUCCCCUCGGAGCAGAGGCAGCGGAGAUGUUUGUUUCCUGAUGUUUCUAUGCUCCGCAACCCCAAAAAUUCCCCCUACAUUCAUGUUCACGGACUUGACACGGCACCGAAGAGGAACGACGGAACGUUUCGCAACUCUUGCGACCUGGCCCGAAAAAGAAUCAUUCUGGCGGCUCAGCUUGCUUGCCUCGGCCCAUGUCACAAACACCCGGCCAUCGUCUCGCACAAGUUCUCGAUCCAACCAACAAUGGUGAGACAGUUCUCUACGGCUCGAUCAGUCGGCGACCCUGGGAUGGCUAAAGAUGGCAAUGUUGGAGCCGGCAGUGGAGGACCGGUCUCGGUGUUUAGUGUUGUUGUCUGCAAGGACAUUGAUUAAUGAAGAAUAAAUGCUAUAUCAUGAC